AUGGUUACUCCGGCAUUUCCCAACCAUCAGCAGUUCGAUCUUCACCCCUCACUGAAGACUCAGAUAUCCCCCGACGACUGGCGCGGACACGACUCCAAGCAUCUCCUCUGCGUAGGCGCCGCCGUAUUCCAUCAACAAACCGCUGAUUCGCCCCCCAAACUGCUUCUGCUUCAGCGCGCCGCGGCAGAUCUUGCUCCUGGUCGCUGGGAACUCACGGGCGGAGGGUGUGAGUCGUCGGACCCAACAAUAUUCGACACCGUCGUGCGAGAAGUAUGGGAAGAAACGGGCUUGCGGGUCCGGAAGGUCACUUCUUUCAUCGGGUCGCAUACGUGGGCUGCUGACCAAUGCGAGAUUGACGACCCUGGAAACGUGGAGCGCAAGAUGUCGUGGAGAAAGCUGUCGUUUGUCGUACAGGUUGAAGAUGCCCCGGGAGGGGGAUUGCCCGCGGUGGUGCUUGAUGCGAAGGAGCACCAGGCUUAUUUAUGGGUCACUAAAGAGGAGUGUGAGAGGGAAGGGGCGGGUGAAGUCUGUUUGCGAUGGUGCUCUGAUGAUGAGAAGGAAGAGAUUCUGAGGGCUUUUGAACUUUUGUAG